GCCAGCAGCCAAACACAGCUGCAGAGCAAGACCGAGAUAAGGCCUCGUGCGGGUGUAAGAAGGAAGCAAGCCAGUGCGGGGGCCACUCCCAGCUUUGCCAUUUUCAGUCUCUCAGGCAGCUCAGAAACCCCUUUGCGCAAGAGGCUACAAUAAGCAAAGGCUGAGCAGCCCCCCCUCCCAUCUUACAAAUGCUGCCCUUUGACCUCCAGAUGGGGUUGGCCUGUUCAUUUGAAGGAGGGAAGAAAAUUCCCUGAUGCUGAGACACCGAAGACCUGAAACUCGAGAAGACAGGACUGACUGGUAUACAGGAGCAGGUCAAGAUGGAUGGCCAGAAGCCCAGCAGUGGGGCUGCUGCACAGAAAUGCUCCCAGAAGAUCUCUCUCCUUUCUUCCCCAAUGCGAGCGAUCAUCCGUCUACGGAGGACAGCCCACAUAUUGAAAAAAGGCCGCUCGCCAACAGAAAGGAGGACUCUUCAGGGAGAUCCCCAAUCGAAGUUCCUCCAGCGGCAGAUCUCCUUGGGUAAAGCCAAGCUGGGUAGCGCGUCUGCGUCCAUUUUGAGCCAAGCGAGUUUUGAGAAUGCACAAUAUUUUACUUUUGACACAUCUGUGCAGCCACCCCUAACCAGAUCCAGCAAACGGAGGAAGCGGAGUAGGAACCCCAGGGUGUUGUACCCAGGCAGUACCAGGAGGUACCUGCCAGCAGAGCAAACGAGCAAAGCCAAGCGUUGUCUCCUCUUGCUCGUUGGCAUCAUUUGCUUCCAAAUAUUGAAUGCGAUCGAGAACUUGGACGAUAACCUCCUGAAGUACGAUUUGGAUGGGCUGGAGAGAACAAUGCACCGGGAGGUCUUUGGGCAGCCACUGGCCAUCGAGAGUAUUACAGCCUUGCUGAAAGACUACCUGGCCACACACAUACACAACAAGCCCUUGGUGAUUUCCUUCAACGGUCCCAGUGGGGUUGGAAAGAGCCAUGUUGGUUGGUUGCUGGCCAAACACUUCAGGUCAGUCGUAGGCCACAGUUUUGUCCUCCAUUAUUUUACGAUGCAUCACUGCCCAGACAACGCGUCAUCUUUGGCCUGCCAGCUGGAUCUGUCUGAGAAGAUCAGUGACAUGGUCACCCAAGCUGAAAUAGAAGAGAAGAUCCCCUUCUUUAUUUUGGAUGAGGUGGAACUCAUGUCUCCAGCCCUGUUGGAGACCCUCAGCAGAUUCCUCCAGACGAACCAAACUAAUGAGUUUCUGAAUGCUGUGUAUAUCCUAAUAAGCAAGGUGGGGGGUAAAGAGAUCACAGAUUUCCUUCUGCAGAACGUUUCCAGCGAUCUCCCACGGCCACAAAGCGAGGUGGAAGAGCUGAUGACCUCCCUCCGUCCUGUACUCAGUAACGUCCAUCCUCUUUGGGGCUUUGUGGAGAUUGUUCCGUUUGUGUUGCUUGAGAAGAACCACAUCCAGAGCUGCUUCUAUGAGGAAAUGAUGAGUGAAGGCAUUUACCCCGACACGAACCACAUAGAGCAUUUAGCCAGUCAGCUCAGCUAUUAUGUGGAAGGAGGGCGGCAGUAUGCCAUAAUGGGCUGCAAACAGGUAGUGGCUACGGUCAACCUGCUAUAAGUGCUGAUGGAAAUCCCAGGCCAGAGGGUGUCUCUGAUUCUGGGAGGAUGUCCUGAUCAUUCUGAUGGUUGGGUAUGUUCCCAAGCGAACAAGAGUGAGAAACUGUUCAGUAAAAAGGUCAGUAGAAACUUAAUGCCGGUCAACUGCUCCUCAGAGAUCCUUUGCUUCCAUGGGUUUUUCCCCUGCCCAUAGAUAAUUCCAGUCCAUCUGGUCCCCCUCUGUUUCGUUGAGCUAGAACUGCAAACAGUGUCUGCCUCCUUUUGUGUUCCAACAUGGCUAGCUUCUUCAUUUUUACCACGUGUUUACCAAACGCCGAAUCUUGUGCUAGACUCAGCAUGUAUUUGGACUAGUGACCUUCAAACCUCUGCACUGACGCUGAACAGUGGUGAACCACUCAAGGAUGCAGAAUUAAGAGGAUGAAGCUGUCCCUUUAGGCCCCACUUACUGACAGAUCAGCUGACUUACGGCAACCCUGCAGGUUUUCAAGGCAAGAGACUUAGAGGUGCUUUGCCAUUUUCCGUGUCAAUGUCAUGUUCUGUAUUCCUUGGAGGUCUCCCAUCCAGAUACUUGCCAGGGUCGAGGCUGUGUGUGUGUGUGACUGGUCCAAGGUCACCCAGGAAGGUCCCUGGCACAGUAUAGAUUUAAAUCUGGGUUUCACCAUGUUGGCUCUCUUCCCUGAUGUAGCCAGGUUAUAAGUGCUUCCAGGUCAGACAUGUGUAUUUUAUUAUGUUAUUCUGGACUCUCAGGCUCAUUCAGCAUAUGCAGAAUAAUGCACUUUCAAACUGGUUUCAGUGCUCUUUGAAGCUGUGCAGAAUGGCAAAAUCCACUUGCAAACAGUUGUGAAAGUGGUUUGAAAACGCAUUAUUUUGCCUGUGCGGAAGGGGCCAUAGUGUGCAACAAGAAGCAAGCUUUUGUGCAGUUGAGUUUACGGGGUUGGAUUAAAAUGUAGCUUAUUUCUUUAAAAGAAAUCUGGGGAGGGGGUAAAAUAAGAUUAAAAUGAUUAAAAGUGAAGGUGAACACCAUAUUUCUUUGCAAAACAUUUUUCUCUCGCAUUUUUCUUCCCUUCUUUCCCUUUGUUAGAAAGGGAAUAAGGGUGUUGUGCUCUUAGACUGGUGUGUGGGUGGGUUGGGUGUACACUGUGCUAUCUGCUUGUCCAGUGGGGAAAACAUCUGAAAUAAAGCACGUUCUGGUUUUGCCUGUGUGGUUUCUUAUCCCUGCUUAUCUUCUGAUCCUCUUUUCCUGUCUCUCUCCCUACCCCACCCUCAAUCACUCUGUAUAUUGAGUGCAUCUGAAUGCUGUUUACGAUUCCCUCAUAUGUUUCCCUAAAUAUGCAGAAUAUAGUAAAUCUGGGAAAGAAAGAUAGAAUUGUUGUUAGGUAGACUCUGGAAGUUGCUAUCCAAUAUCAGAAACAAAAAUGUUUUGAAAAGAGUGACUCUUACAAGUGUCAGAUUAACAUGUAAUUACCACUAUGCACUCUCCACUUCUCUGAACAAUGAGAUAUUCCAAGACAGAUGCUGCAAGACUGGCAGCCUUCACUGGAGACAGCAUUGGACAUUUCUGGAAUCUGCUGAGAGAAAGAGAUCCUGCAGCUACCGAUACUUUGCUUUUGGCUAAUUCGCAUCUUGCGAAGGCCAGACAAUUCCACUUCUCUCACCAGUCCUUCAUAGUUCCCACUGUUCUGAAUGCUGAAAGAUCCCACUGAGAGCACCACCAAUUUUGUUAUUUUCGGCUGAGAGAACCUUGGAGACUUAUGGAGUCUUUGCAAUGCUUAUCGUAUACAAGCAUACAAGGUGGAGGGAAAGAUGCACUCCUACUUGGCACUAUCUAUUACCCCAGAUUUGUAAGACCCUCCACUCCAGUGUAUUUCAAUUUCAGCCAAACUGCAGGUCUUCUUUUGUUUCUCUCUUGCCCCUUCUGCACAUGCAGAAUAAAGCAAUUUCAAUUCACUUUUAAUGCACUUUGCAGUUGUAAAACAGUAAAAUAGAACAGUAAAAUCCACUUGCAAACAAUUGUGAAAGUGGAUUGAAAGUGCAUUAUUCCCCAUGUGCGGAAGGGGCCUCUGCAUCUAUUCCACAUCUCAACUGUUACAAGGAGACAUCCACAGACAUUUGUCAUAGGCCCAGAUUCAUCACUUUAAGUUGUGCUCUCAGUGACAAAGGCACAAUCCACACAAUUUUUUCAGGACCAGCCAAAGGCAGCAAUUCCAUGGCUCUUGCAAUAAAGCACAAUGGUUUUCAGCAAGAUAUAUAAAGUUUCAGAGGGUGCCUGUGUUGCUCUGCAGUAGAACAGCUGGAUUUGAGUCCAGUAUCACCUCACAGACUGACAAGAUUUUCAGGGUACAGUUUAUCUAUCUGACAAAGGGAACUUUGUCUCUUGAAAGGUUGUACCUUGAAAAUUGUCAGUCUCUACUAAGGUGCUACUAGAGCUCAAUAGUAUAUAAAGGAUGCUCAUGCAAUUUCCAGUUCCAAAACAUGACAGUUAAAACCUGUAUUGUUAUGAAUAUGAUGUCAAACAUUUUAAAUUAAAAAUACAUGUUGAA